AGUGACAGAAGGCUCAAUAGUGUUCAUGUAAUGAAAUUUUUCUGAGGCCAGAAUUUUGAUUGGUUUAAGACUACGGAAGGUCUUAAGGGGCAUGGGUCAUGAAGGAAAUAUUGUUACAGACAUGAGGACAGCAGAAGAUUAGCUGCUAGCUAAUAAACACACUUUUCAAAUGUGUGUCUGGGAACUGAAGGAAAUUAUGAAUGAUUAGCACUAAAAUUACAAAAAAAAACUGCAACAACUGUGUAAUGUAUAUGGGUUAGGUUUUGUGUGUGUAUUGUGUGUGCGUGCAUGCUUGUGUGUGUACACAUGUUUUUGUAUUGUGAGUGUGAGUGUGUGUGUGUAUGUGCAUCAUCUCCUUCCCUCUUUCUCUCCUACUUAGUUCCACACAACAUUUUGUUCAGCAAAGAGGCAUCUCAGGCAAAGCAUAAGAGUGUGUGCGUGAGAGAGAGAGAGAAAGAGAGAGAGAGAGAGAGAGAGAGAGAGCGGCCAGUAUAAUAUUUUCUCGUCACUGAAUCCAAGACAGACAACACAUCCUUUGGAGGAGGGAAGGACAAGAAGAAAUAGAGAAAGUGACAGAUCAAUGGAGGAAGGGAAUCAUAACGCUGUCCUGCAGACUGAGGGGUAACAGACAGAUCUCCACCUGCCUGCUGCACACUUCCACAGUCCAGCUCGCCGUCCCGCUGCCACAGGAAAGAGCGCAGCAGUGUCCUCCAGUCACCCGGGGAGGGAAUGCAGACGCCGGCCUCCAUGGUGACGGGGAUCGUGUGCGCCCCCUUGGGGCUGGUGCUGGUGUUCACGGCGGCCAUCACACCGCAGUGGCGGGAAGGGCGGGCGCGGCUGGGCGUGGCCAGGGCCGGCGGGGCGGAGGCCACGCUGCUGCGCUCGGACGGGCUGUGGGAGAGCUGCCUGCAGGUGGUGGAGUCGGAGCUGAAGCAGUGCUGGCCGGCCGCGGGGGCCUACCAGCGGGACGGGCGGGUGCGCUGGGCGCGGGGCCUGACGCUGGGCUCCCUCUCGCUGUGCGGCCUGGGCAUCGCGCUGGCCAGCCUCGGGGUGCGCUGCUGGACCGACUUCCCGCUGCGCAACGUGGCAGGGGCCAGCGGGGUCCUGAUCGGCCUCUCCGGCCUGCUCAGCCUGGCCGCCCUGGCCCUGUACGCCCACAACCUGCGGGCGCUGGGCCUGGGGGCGGAGCCUCCUCCCGCCCCGCCCCCGCACGCCUACAUCUCCGCCCUGCUCCAGCUCUCCCUCCGCCCCGCCGGCUCGCUCUAUUUCGGCUGGGUCGGGGGGUGCGUCCAGGUGCUGGGCGGGGCCGCCCUGGUCCUCAGCUUCAAACGCCCCUGCUGCUCCUCCUGCGCGCGUCCGGCGGCGUCCCCCGAGGACGUGGAGGCCUACGAGAUCAACUGCUGAACAGCGGACGGCCUGCCGGACCAGACCGCAUCUCUUUAACAUGGCCACACCCCCAGCUGAUGUUUCUGGGAGGUUUCUGCCGAAGUGCAACAUUCGAUCACGCAUGGCGGCGGCGGCGGCGUCUGAGGUAUUCUGAGCGGGCAAUCGCACCGCCCCCUGUUGGCUCAAGCCAGAGUCAACUGACUUUUUUUGCGAGGGACUGGACCGCGGGCUUGUCCUGAGAAAAGAAUUAACCUUGUGCAAACUCUGCCUCCCAUUUUGCCUUAAAGUUGGGACCAUUUUCAAACUAAAAGCUUAAAAACUGUCCUACUUUUUAAUAUACCUCACAUUAUUGGUUGGGUGGUCAUUUUAAAAUAUUUUGUACAGGUUUAAUACAGAGUUUUUAUCUUUGGACCGCUAAGGAGUGGCUCAUCUCCUGUAAUAUAUAUAUAUACACUGCCACUGUACCUUUGAGCAUUGCUUCAGUGAAAUACGUAUUUUUAUGAAAGGUUGAUAUGUAACGAUUAUGUAAGCAUUUAUUGUGUAAAUUGCUCUCGCUGAAAGUGACUGCUGAAAUUAAAACGUCAGAGGGCGCCUGGGUGGCCUGUCCUGCUUAAAGAGUUAUUGUUAGCGUAAUGACCGAUUCCACAGUGUGGCUGAAAACCCCUGUAGCACAACAGACAAUUGCCCGUAGCAUUGCCGAUCUAGGAAAGCUUGUAGUCGGCAAGAUUUCUCUCAACUCAAUCUCAUUCUCAACUUCACCUCAUUCUUGUCUCAACCUCAUCUCAACGCAACCUAAUCUCAUUCUCAACUCAACCUAAUCUCAUUCAUAACUCAAUCUCAUUUUAUUCUCAUCUCAACCUAAUCUCAUUCUCAACACAACCUAAUCUCAUUCUCAACUCAAUCUCAUCUCAUUCUCAACUCAAUCUCAUCUCAUUCUCAACUCAGCCUACUCUCAUGCUCAAUCACAUCUCAUUCUCAACUCGAACCUCAUCUCAUCCCAUUCUCAGUCUCAUCUCAAUCACAUCUCUUUCUCAUCUGAAACACCUCAUUUAAAUUUAAAUUAAAAUUUGUUUGGAAAUACUUCGUAAACACAAACUUUGACUGUUCCUCUAUUGCGCGUGCCGAACAUUGGUCCGAAGAGACAGGAUUUUAAAUGGAUAAACGACUUAUCCAGAUAGUUCACUUUGGUUCACAAUUAUUUUGUGUAUUUUGUACAUGAUGUGAAAGUAUACAGUAUUGCAUUUGUUUAAUUUAGGCUGUCUGUAGUUUGAGUUGUGACACGGGGUUGUGACCUAUGGGGUGUGGGCUGUCAUUUCAUUGGUGUGUUCCCAGUAAAAGACAAGCUGAAUUUUA